UCCGAUUUACUUCUGAGUAGACAUGGGUCCUGAAGAGGGCAUGUAAGGCUGGAUGUUCCCGGGCUUUGGAAAGCUUCUGGCGUUUUACCUGGAAGAACGAAUAGUGGAGAUGGAUGUGUUUGUGGCCUGCAAAUCUAUGAAAGGGCUUAAGGGGGCAUUUUGGUGUGAUUUGGAGGGCGCAGAGUGAGGAUUCGGUUAGGGCUUGUAGGGUUAUCAAAUCCUGCUCUGUGGCUUUUAGGCAAGGAACUGCUUGUAGGAAUGGGGAUUGGUGUGAAUUAGGCAUAUACCAAGUCCAUGGGGGAGAUAACUGGUUCAUGAUAGGGAGCCUGGUUUGUGGCAGAAAGGAGUAGAUGAAGAACAAAGUUACAUAAUGUGUGAGAGUUAUAGGGUUGAGAGAUUCCAUUUUGAUCAAGCAUAUCUGAGAGUAAUAUAGAACGGAGUGAGGGGGUGAGAAUGAGUUCGGAGAGAAAGAAGGACCAGGAAAAACAAAUGGAUUUGCAGCUUCUGCAGACAUGGAAGAGGAGGAGAAUCGACACCCCCCAGUAAGGGAGGAUCCUCCUGCACGAGGAGGCGAGAAGCCGACCACUGAAUCUUCUCUUGAUGCGGAUUGGGACCAAUCUGGUGCCUUCUGUGCUGGCCAAGUUAUCAUUUUGAAGGCUUUGCAGCAAGCUGUGGGCAGUGGUUUGACAGGUGAACUGCAAGACCCAGCCAAUGAGAAAGAUGGUGAAUACAAGCGCACAAGUCGAAGGAAAUGGUGCAGGAGCUCCAGGUCUGAAGGGCUCGGCGGAAGCUGGCUGGGAACUGGGGACCCUGCAUUGGUCUCUGAUAGGAGUGCCCUGAUGGGUGAGGUUCUUGAGACUCCUGCUGCUGCUGCUGCUGCGAUGCCUGCCUUGGCUGGAGUCCUGGAUUACCUGGAACUGACUUGCCAUUUGCCCCAGGGAGUAGAGAGCUCCACAGGGACCCAGGUGGUUUAUGGAGACGAAGAAAUGGAAGAAGUGGAGCUGGUGGCUGAGGUGCGGCUGGGAGAUGUUGGCACUCUGUCAGGUGUCUUGAGAAGAAAUCAAUCCUGGAGAAUGCAAAAGUCUGUCUGUGUCGGAUCAGCAACAUCCUGCUGGAGAGGAAGCAGACCAUGCCCCAUUGGCCACCUUUCCCUUCCAGAGCAGUCCUACCCCCUGGACCCACACAGAGCCCAGCCAAUAAUGGACAAGGCCACUUGGACUUCUGCUUUAGCCAGGAGUGAGCUUUUGCAGUUCCCCAAAACAGACAGGACUUCUCCUUCACCUUGCUUGGGCAUGGCUCUGGGCACUGGCAUGGGGGUAUCUAAUGGAGGGCAGCAGCGCCCGCAGGGUGCCACUGGUCGGGAGUCUGAAUCCCAGCAGCGUUCUCAGCCACCACCUGCCAGUUCCUUGGAUAAGACCAAUUCCAGCACCUCUUCUUCAUCAUCUUGCUCUUCAUCGACCUCCUCAGUGUCCCGCCAUCAGGGCCUGCCUGGCGAAGGAGGUGGUGGCGGCUCCGAAAACCCUUGCCCCCCAAUGCACUCCCCGGACUUAGAUAUUUAUGAUCCUUUCCACCCUACUGAUGAGGAUAACCUCAAUGGCGAUUUUGGUUUUGGUGACUCUCCCCACAAAGAGGCCGAGGGUGGGCGUCAUGACCAGAAAUACGAUCCCUUUGAUCCCACAGGCUCUAACCCCAGUUCCUCUGCUAGCACCCCUUCUCCCGAGGAGGAUGACGACGAUGACGAUGAUGAAGAUGAUGAUCAUGACCAGCAUCCUCCAGACAUGUCCCACAGCAUCAGUCGCAUCUCGGAAACAUUGGCUGGAAUCUAUGAUGAAAACAGCUUAAGCCAAGACUUCCCUAGCUCAGACAAAGGGCAAGAAGAUUCAGAACCAGAAGCAGAACCUGGCAGGGAUUAUGAAAGUGAGUCAGUCGGCCCCACUGAGGCCUCUGAGGCCAAGGAGCCCCCAGGUGCUGAUUCCACUCUGCCUGAGGAGCUUCCCCCAGAACAGAUGGAAUCCAAGGCUCCUGAACCACGCCGCAGGGUAUUUGUGGUAGAUCUGGCUCCUAAAGGCCGCUUGGAUGCUGAAGCCAAGCCCCAGCUGGAGGGGAAGGUGUCCCUGGAAGUGGUAACAGUUGGAAAUGCAAAGCUAAGGAGUGGGGAGAAAACAUCCAAAGGAAGUGGACAUCACCGAACUGGACGCCGGUCAUCCAUGGAGUGGGAUGGGAGUGGUGGGGGUGACUCGGAAAUAGAGGAAGGUGAGAUCGUCCAGCCAGAGGAUGAGCGGUACAGCCCCAUUCGACUAUUUCGGAGCAGGUGCCGGCCUGCUGAACAGCGCACCCUGCGGGUCGUGGAAGGAGAUGACUUCCUGUCACUGCAUGCAGACUCGGAUGAUGAAGGAGCCCUGCAGAUCGACUUUAGUGAGAGCCAACCUGACCCACGUUGGAAGGGUGUGGAUUUGAGACGGAAGAUCCUGACUCAGCGACGAGAACGCUUCCACCGGGCCCCAUCACCCCUGCCACCACCACCGCCUCCACCUGCCCCUAAACGCCCUGCCUCCAAGUCCCACUCUGGCUCCAGCUCUGGCUCAUGUAAGAAAUCUAAAAGGGAGCGCAAAAGGUCACGAGAGCGCAAGGCCUCGAAAACUAAAGAACCUUAUGCUUCGUCCUGGAACCCGAAGAAGAAAUCCAAGUCACGCUCCAAAUCCAAGGAACGUCGGCACUCGCACCACAGGGGCUCUCGCUCCCGCUCUCAUCAUCGCACCUCCCGCUCCUGGUCACCUUCCAUCAGCACCAGCUUGUCUGCUGUUGGUUCCUCACAUACCUCUGCUGAGCGACGCAAGAGCAGGCGUUCCAAGUCAAAGGAGAAGCGCCGUGGGCGCCGAUCCCGGUCACGCAGCAGUAGUCGCGCCCAUCGCAGUAGGCACAAAGACAAACACCGGGGAGAUGGUGGCAGAAAGAAGAAGAAACGCUCUCGGUCUCACUCACGGGAAAAGCAUCCCUCCCAUCGGAUAUCCAAGGACAAGGAGCGGGAAGUCCACCUGCUGGAGGAACCAAAAUCUGAGAAGGUCUUGAUGGAGCGGCGGAGAGAUGCACGGACUGUAGUGCCGCCGUCAAUCCAGGACCUCAAUGACAAUGACCUUUUCACCAUCAAGAGAACCAUCACAGUCAACCAUGAGGAGAAGAUGGACGGACUGUUGGAGACACCGGAGAGAGCCAAGCGGGAGGUGCUCUAUGAUUCUGAAGGGAUGAGUUUUGAUGCUUGUUUCUCAGACCGUGAGCCUACUGAAGAAUCAAAAUCUGCUGGGGUGCGGCUAGUGACCAAGGAAGACACAAUCCCAUCCCGCAAGGACAAACGGUCCGAGGAGGACAUGAAGCAGAAGGUGCCCAAGGAGAAAGAGCGCAAGAGGGCCUAUCUUGAAGACCGUCCUGGUGCCCGUGAUAAGUACAAAAAGAAAUUGAAAGAGGGACCUCCCUGCUCUGAACAACAAGAAUUGCCCAAAGCAGAAAAGAAGGCCCGACCUGAUAGGGACAAGUCUGGGAAGAAGAUUAAAGCUGGAAGCCACAAGGAGAGUGGCAAGUUAGGCUCAGGCCGGAAGGUGAAGCUCCAGUCUAAGGUGGCUGUACUGAUCCGUGAAGGAGUAAGCAGCACUACAUCAGUCAAGGAGGUGGGUUCCAUUGGUGUGAAAUUUAGCCGUGACAAGGAGAGCCGCUCACCUUUCCUCAAGUCGGAGGAGAAGGUGCUGAUGGUUGGGGCUUCAGCUGCAGGCCAAGGUGAGAUGGUUGAUGUCAAGGAGCCAGGUUUCAAGCCCAAGAAAGUCAAAGGGCUGAAGGCCAAGCUGGGAGUGAAAAAACUGAAAGGACUCAAGCCAAAGGGUGCCUCGGAGCCCAAGAAGAAGAAGAAACUCAAGGUUAAGACUGGGCUGAAGAAAUCCAAAGCUGACAGCUGCAGUCAGGGUGCCAGCAGCCCUUUGAGGGUCAAGGAGGAGCCCUCAUGGUCGGGCUCAGAGAAGUCAGAGGGCACAGCCAAGCCGCCUAGCCCUCAGCCGUUGGCUCCCGGCCAGGAGCUCACUCCUGAUUCCCAGACAGUGGACAGCAGCUGUAAGACACCCGAUGUCUCCUUCCUCCCUGAAGACCCCCCAGCUGAGCAGCCCAGGGUGCCUGAAGAUGAGCCAGAAGCAGACAGCUUGUCAGAGACCAAAGAGGAGCAGCCGCAGCCACAGCCACCCCAUCCUCCCCGCAGCCUGGCCCCUCCACCUGCUCCCAUGUCUUGGAACCUGCAGGGUGGGGUGGACUGCACCAGUGGUGUGUUGGCAUUGACUGCCCUGCUCUUCAAGAUGGAAGAGGCAAACCUUGCUAGCCGGGCAAAAGCCCAGGAGCUUAUUCAAGCAACCAAUCAGAUUCUGACCCACACCAAGCCCUCAGCCUCCUUGGGGCCUUCUCAGCCACCAGCACCACCUGCCCAUCCACCUGUGUCGCACCUGGCUGGACCACCAGUUUCGUACCUGCUUCAGGGCUCCCUGCCCCUAGGAGGCUGUGGCUCCACCCCCACCACCCCGACAGGAACGUUGCCUGGGACUUUGAGCCAGGCCCCCUCAGGCCCGCCCUCGGCCGGUCUCUUCGCUUCAUCGGGCACCGAUCUGGGCAGCACCAGCUCUGAGGGGCGUGGAGACAGCGAUAAGUACCUGAAAAAGCUUCAUACACAAGAGCGGGCAGUGGAGGAGGUGAAACUGGCCAUCAAACCGUAUUACCAGAAAAAGGAGAUCACCAAGGAUGAAUACAAGGACAUUCUACGCAAAGCCGUCCACAAGAUCUGUCACAGCAAGAGUGGAGAAAUUAACCCAGUCAAGGUGAACAACCUCGUGAAGGCCUACGUUCAGCGAUACAAAUACUUCCGAAAACAUGGACGCAAGAUGGAUGAGGAACCAGGCCCCCCCAGGGAAAUAGGGGGGCUGGACAAGUCUGGCUUGCCCAUGCCCCCACUCUGAUCUCCUCUGACCAGAAAAUCAAAAUGGCCUUCCUUUAUGCAAAUAGGCUUGGCUGAGCCCCCCACACCUCCCCCAUUACUGUGGGGUGCGUGGAAGGGGAGGGUUGGGGUGAUCAGUCUUUGUUUGGGGAGGGGUGGCAUUCGAAGAGUGCGAUUCUUGUGCAUCUGCUACCUGCCCCCUCCCCUGACACUUUCAUGGUUUUAGCCACAAAUCAACUUUUGUGUGUUACCCUGUAAAUACAGAUGGAAGAGGAUGGGGCUAAUUUUUAGUUCCACCCCUCUUGGAUUCCCAUGACAAUGGGUGGAUAUUAUUCCUCCCUCCCCUGCCCCCACUCACUUAGUUUUUACUCAUUUAGCAUGUUUUUAAUUUGAUGGUUUUAUCUACACCCUCCCCCAUCAGCAGUCAAGAAGCAGCAGUACCAUGAUCAGCCUAUAGAUGGCAGCUUCCUGCCACACUGGGUGGGUAAUGCACCCCUCAUACCUCACCCCAGUUGUAAGUUUGUCUGUCAUACUCUUUCCCUGUCCCUUUUCUCUUCAUAAAACUGCAUUUAGCCAUCUAAA